CAGCUCAUAGGACAACAACAGACCAGCGACCAAUGAGAACCUGGAGAAGGAUUAUAAAAGAGAUAAGCUCGAAACAGCUCGGUUGAUGGUUUCUGAUCUAGUAUCGACAUAAAACGUAUUUGCUGCCACUUCAGAAUAAACUGAAGGUUUACUACAAGGAAGAACUUUUGUCCAUUGGUGUUUCAAGAAUCCCUUAAGGCUUGUGGAAUACAAAAACAAGAGGACAGCGUGAGGAGAAUUUAGAUUGGAUUUGGUUAUGGAUUUGUUGACAUUCAUAAAACUGCACAAAGAAGCUCAGAAGAAUGUAACAUAGCUUCGAGCGCUGGGAAAAGGGCAACCUAAAAAGCAAAACAUCAAGACUUUGGGAUUUGUGAAACUGUUUCAUCAUGUUGCACGUGGAUUUCAGAACACUAAUUCUGCCUGUUGGCAUUGUGCGGAUGCUGGAGGUGGUUCUGACUUGCAUCUGCUUUGCAUUGACGGCAUCAGCAGGAGUCCCGAACAACGGUCAGUCCCAUUGGGCCUGGUGCAUGUUCUGCUGGUGCUUCUGCUGUUUCACGACCCUCCUCAUCCUUGUCUUGGAGUUCACCAACCUCCACACUAAAGUGCUCAUUUCCUGGGAGGACUUCACCAUGGCCUUUGCUAUGCUGUCCACACUUAUGAUGUUCACCAUUUCUAUCGUCUAUCCCACGUUCUUCGCCUGCUCCUCCUGCUCCAAGCAGAUCGGGGCUUCUACAGUGUCCUGGUUGUGUUUCGGACUGUACGCCGCCGAGGUCUGGUUGUUCUACAAAAAACCUGGUGAAACCAGCGGCUUUCUCACCACCGUCCCUGGUCUCCUCAAGAUCCUGGAGACCUUUGUUUCCUGCAUCAUAUUCAUGUCUUUGAGUCCUGGCGAAUAUAAUAGGUUUCCGGGAAUGAAGUGGUGUGUGGCCGUCUACUCCAUAUGUUUCAUUUUUUCAUUGCUAAUUAUUCUCCUCACCAUUGCCAAGCUGUUGCAUGUCUUUCCGUUUUCUUUCGACAAGGCGGUCAUUACCUUCAACAUCCUGGCCGUGGCUAUGUACGCAACCGCUGUUGUUAUCUGGCCGUUGUACGCAUUUGACAAAAACCCACGUCCUAAUGCAUGUAACCACUGUUCAUGGGAUGAUCUGGUGGUGGUGGCCUUCAUGACUGUCAUCAACCUCUUGGUAUACAUUGGAGAUAUGGCCUACUCGGUUAAAAUAGUAUUCUUUACCCAUCAUGAACAGAGUGGUUAACCCUUUUGAUUUAUCUUUGGUUUCACAUGAAGAAGAAAAAACACCAAUAUGCCAUGCCAUUACUGGAUAUACUAUAAAUUGGGACACCUUUUGCCAUUGAGAUGACUGCAAGGGCAGGUGAAUUCAGGUUGAUUGGGACACUUUUUCCAAUUUAUCUCAAUGGCAUCACCCUGAAUUAACCCUACUCGACAUUUGACAGCACAUUUUGUGAAUCAGAGGUUCCUUCAAAUCCUUCAAACCUAGCAUAAUCUUUUGGAAGCUGCAUUCAAAUCCAUUUGGCUAAAUCGGUUUGAAUGGGCAUGAUGCCACUGAAUGACUGGGAAAAAUGUCCCAAUUAGCCUAUCCUGAAUUAACUGUGUAUCAAGGAGUGGUCAUUAGCGAAACUUAUGCGAAAUUUCGCGGGCAAAGAAUGUCCGUUGUCCAUUUUCAAUAGUGUAGCGACGCAUUAAGCACAGAUUAUUCAUACUCAACUUCUAAACUGAGCAGUUAUUGGUCAAUGCGUCAAUUCGCUUGAACAAAGUUGAAAAAACUUAAAUCAUACCCUUAAUGUUUCGCUUCGCGUGAAAUAGAUGACUGCAUUUCUCCCACGCAAUUUCGCCAUACAAGUGUAAAUGUGGCCGCGCCCUAUUUAGUCACUCACUAGGCUACAUCAAAAGUUCAGUACAGAUUAGUUAUUAAUUCCCAGACAGUCGUACAUAGUUAAUAUUUAUUCACAGUGAACUGUUUCAUGGGUUAAUCAUUAUAGCAUAGCCUCCCAUUUAUAUCACUCCAGUCUAUAGCCUAACUUUGUACAGUGGUUUUUAUCUUUUUAAAUCUAUUGUUGUAGAUUCUCGCAGAAAGCCAUAAGGUUGUAUGAUGUGAGAAAUACUCAGAGAAAAUAUUCAGAGAUGCUUUGAAGUUCAUGAGAUUUCUUAGCUGUUUUCAAUUUGGAUCAAGUCACAGCAGUGUCAUAAAAAUAUGAAGAAAUGGUUUACCUUUCUGAAAGAUAAAUAAUUACAAUUAAAAUUGUUUUGUUUUACAGUGA